AUGAACAAUAAUGACUUGUUUAUACUUCAUUUUAAUGAUGUUUACGAUAUCCAAGAAUAAGUAAAAGAUCCUGUAGCAGGUGCUUCUAGAUUCGUGCAUGUCCUCAAUUAAUUGUAACAACAUUUCAACACCCUCACUCUUUUUAGUGGUGACAUUUUUGCACCAUCUGCCUUAUCAAAUAUAUAUAGGGGUAUUAUAAGAUCUAUUUCGUAGGUGAUCAAAUGUUGUUUCCAAUCCAAUAAUUCAAAAUUGAUGUGGCAUGUCCAGGAAAUCAUGAUUUUGAUUAUACACUAGACCAUGUUGAAUCAUUAUUUUAAAGAUCCAACAUCCCUUGGGUUUUAUCUAAUGUUUUUAAUGCGGAAACCAAUCAAAACUUUGCUCAUACAUUACCUCAUUUUACGAAACAAUGCACUAUUGGAAGUCAACCUAUUAAAAUUGGAUUUGUAGGUUUGGCUGAGGAAGAAUGGCUUGGGUAGAUAGUUGAAAUCCCUUAGAAUCUAAUUGCCUAUGAAGAUUACCUUCAUUGCGCAGAGAGAACAGUCAAAUAUUUAAGAGAGGAGGAAAAGUGUGGAUUCAUUAUAGCAUUGACUCACAUGCGAGUUCCUAAUGAUCAUAAUCUGAUUCAUCAUCUUGUUGGUUAGAAAAUUGAUUUGGUGUUGGGUGGACAUGAUCAUAUGAUAUAUUGUGAGAAAAUUAAAUAGAGUCUAUUUCUGAAGAGUGGAACNAUAUUAUGGUUAGUUAAGGGAAAUAGAAAAUCGAAAAAUAAAAAUUGAAAGAGAACAUAUUAAGCAAUUCAAAUAAAGACGAUCUGAAUUAACCAUUGAUAGCACACCUUAAAUUGUUGUUUAAAAGGAGGCUCAAACAUCCGAUAAAGUCUACUCUGUGGGUUCAAUCAAAGUGGUCAAGUUAAAGAUCAAGCCUCCUUAGUUUUUAGAGGAUCUGAAUCAUGAUAAUAAUAAGGAAGAAACUAAAAAUGUUGACAAAGAAGAAAACAAUUAAUAAAUCAAAAAUCCAAAUCAAAAGAGUUUCAAACCACUUGUGAGUGAUGACGAUGAUAAUAUACCAGAGCCACCUGUAUAGAAGAAGACAAAACUUGUAGAGUAUGAUUCCGAAUGAAC